AUAUAAGAGGGCCUUCUCUUCAGGAAAGCUAGAGCUGUGGUGUCCCAAUUGCUUCUCUCCUGCAAUCUAGACCCCAAGCUGCCAGCUGCUCCUCUCCAAGACAACGCCCUCAGCCAUGCCUUCCUGGAUCGUCAAGCUCGGUGCCCUUGUGGCUUUGGCGCAUACCGUCGCCGGAUCUCAGAUCUCCCUCAGGACGACCACGCCGCCCGCGAAUGAGUACGUGACACACUGCACUGUCAUCCUCGACGAUGAGCUUUUUGGCUGCAAGGGCAGUUCAAAGCCUUUCGGAAAGAAGUGCGGCCACAACAGGGGCAUUCAGACCAAAUCUAUCUGCGAUACAUCAUCCGUCACUGUCGAUUGGUCCACCGCCCAAGUCACCUUCCAGGAUAACAAUGGCCACUCGGCUAACUGCACGCUGAGUUCGACUGAGGAGGGAGGUCACUGCAACACUGACGACCCUGAUGAGUUCCCAAUUGAGCACAAUGGAGCGGAGAGGCUCGGAGCCGGAGCUGCCCUCUGGGGACUUGGCACCAUGGCUGCCACCCUAUUUAUCUAAAUUUGACGAUUGCACUCAAGAAACUGGGUAAGUGCUUCUGGGUUGAGGCGUCAGCAAUGUCCAACUACUGCUGGUACUAGACGAUCCACUAACAAAUUCCUAUCUGAUCAGGUCUUUCGCCAUUUCAUGAUUACACUAUUCCCAUGAUCACUGGCUCAGCUACCAAACCAUUGAUACCGUUGGAAGCAAGUCUAUCAUGGAUGCCGUUAUCAUAUACCCACGAUCUCCCGCAUCUAUGUCUGAAAGGAUAGGGAUAACGCAGGACCGAAUACACUGAGGCAAUACUUUCUAAUGAGCUAUUUUUCUUAUCUUUCUUCGCCUCUACCAUUAUGUAUAUAGAUUUAUUUCUUAGUCAAAAAGUAACGAGAAAAAAAAUUCCAU